UGAUUAGCAGAACUAGCCAGUAGAGCCAAGGCGUUUAGCUACCGAAUUUUGCUGUUUGAUUUAUUGGACACUAAAUGGUACAUAGUUUCAUAGUCGGAAAGGAAAUUAAGGGGAUUUUACAUAAUAGUUUUCUGUUCUUUCAAAAUACCUUUGCAGACAUUUUAGUAGCGACUACCCUACCCGGAAAUGAGGGGUGCAGCUUUGCACAUGGUCGUUCUGCUGUUGCUGGCCCUGCAACAAACAUGUUCAGCCCACCCAGUGUUUUUAUAUGCACGCGUUGGCCAGUCCAUCACCCUCCCCUGCAGUGGAGAGCCCAAUAGGGUUGUGGAAUGGUAUUUUCAACAGCCUGUGCUCCCUGAUUGGCUGCUUGUGGCCAAACUCCACAAUGGAUCCAUUUCCCCAGGACCUGGCUUCCAGGAACGGGUGAAGUCCAUCUGUGAGGAGCAGCCAGGAAACUACAGCCUGGUCCUCAGUCCUGUGAGGUAUGAUGACCUAGGCAUUUACGAAUGCCGGGACAAGGAUGGGUCCAUUCUUUCAGAUGUGAAGCUACAAAUUUCUGUCCCAGUAAGUGUUUCCAUAGCGGUGGGAAUGUCUGCCAGUCUGCCUUGCUAUGGGGGCAUUAGUAAACAAGCGCAUGCUGUUGAUCUGGAUAUCCUCUGGAAAAAAGAUGGAAAGAUGGUUUACCAGCUCUAUAACAACACCAUCACCUAUGGGCCCGGGUUCGAGAGCAGAGCUUCAGUUUCCCCAGAACAGGCUCUCCAUGGAAACAUGUCUCUAACCAUCAAACAGACACAGUUUUCAGAUCAAGGUGACUACCAGUGCUCCUACAGCAGUCCAAAAGAGAGAGGGACCCCAGAUUCUGCCAGGCUCCAUGUUACAGACCACCCACCCCAGAUCCUCACAGUGAAGGCUGGUGAAGAGCUCUCGGUACGGCUCCGUACCACAGACCCAGUGAGGGUAACAUUCACAGGCCCUGGUCUGGACAAGGUGCUGAUGGCCGACUCUAACAAAGACCCAGUCACAUAUGGGGAGCACUGUGGUCAGAGAUGUGAGGUUCUGGGCCAGGAAAACACCUUUCUGCUGAGGCGUGUAACACCGGAGGAUGCCGGGGUCUACACAGUGACUGAUUCUGAGACCAACAGGACCAUCAGCAUCGUCUUUCUACAAAUCUCAGGAAAGACUACAGGAGCAGUGUAUUUGAUCGUGUUGGCAGUGUUCUUUGGUUGUUUGGGCUCCAUUGGCCUUGCAGUCUGGAUGUACUGCAAAAACAGAUGAGAGGCUAACAGACGAAUGGCUGUACAGGGAAUCACAUACCAACCAGCCGCAGUGGAAGACCCUGCAGCAGCAGAACUGCAGCAGCCUGAAGUCCCUGAGCCCUCUCUCUCCCAGCUUGCUGACCCCCAAAACCCUCCUGUCCAAAACGGAUCCUACAGAACCCCAUCUCCCUGUGUCCAAAACGGAUCCCACAGAACCCCAUCUCCCUGUGUCCGAAAUGAAUCCCACAGAACCCCAUCUCCCUGUGUCUGAAACGGGGCCUUCAGACCGGACUGAAGUGCAGGAGAAGAAGAGCAAAGAGGUGCAGGGGUCUUGGCCAUGGUCAAUGAACGACUGAGGCAGAGGGAGAGUGACAGAUGGACGUCCCGUGACGUGGUUGACGAGAAUGGCUGCCAUCCCCGCUUGUAACUUGCUUCAAAACUCGACAAAGAGCCCAAACCUAUUUUAAUUAUUUUGUUAAAAAGUAGAGUGCAAUAAUGCCAAAUAGCACUAGAAACAACGCAAACUCCUCUAAAUCUGGGGGGGAGAAGCCUAGCGAAGUGGCUAAUCUAGCUAACCAGAAGAAGCUAACAUUCCCUCGUGUUGAACCUAACGUUAACAUUGUUGAUGGCCAUGUUGAUAAAGUUGGUUCCUUCCCAAAAGAAGCGGGCGAAGAGCUCGCAAAACUUAAUUCUAAUUCUAAUUCUAGAAAAGUCUGAGGCCCACGACAACAAACUAGAGGCUAUUCGGCUGACCACAAGUGCAACAGACGGCAAAUUAGCUGAUAUUGCCAACCGCAUUUCACGGACCAAGCUGAGUGUAUUUCAAGCGUCAUGUUUUGCAGACGCAAUUUAGUUGUGUGUAAUUUUAUUGUGUUUAUUGUGUUACACCCAGUGUAAGUUUUAUUGUUGUGUGUUAUUUAGUUUAUUUUUGUGUGGUGAUGUUAUGUAUUAGGUCAGUAUGGGUUCAGCAGAAUUUGCAUGAUAUCAUGUUAUGGCAAUUAGCAGUACAACUAGCUUAAAGUUAAUGAGCUGGAAUGUCAGAGGCCUCCAAGGUGUGGUUAAGAAGAAGAGAAUAUCAACUUUCAUUAAAUCCAAAAAGUGUGACAUAGUAUUUAUGCAGGAGACCCACCUGUUAGUAAAUGAAUCCCAGAAGCUUUGCAAGGAUUGGGUGGGCUUUGUGGGGGCGGCUUGUAGUAGUAGCAGGAGCAGAGGGGUUGCAAUAUUAGUAAAUAAGUAGGGCUGUCAAAAUAACGCGUUAAUUUCGAUUAAUUAAUUAUAGAGUAAAUAACGCGUUAAAAAAAUUAACGCAAUUAAUGAUGCGCUGUGAUGCCCUUGACCCCGUACGUCACUGGCCAGGAGCUUUGCAAACAAGAUGGAGGCUGAUGAGAACACGUUGCUUGGCGUAUUGAAUGGGGAAUAUACAUUCAAAAAACGGCCGGAUGGAACUGUUGACAGGAGUACGGUUCUGUGCAAUUUGUGCAGCAAGGAAUUUGCGUACCAUCGGAGUAACUCGAGCCUAAAAUAUCACCUCAACGCAAAACACAUAGCAGUGAGCUCGGUGGUCCGCUCAGCGACUGAUGCUAGCGUUAGCAACCAGGCUCGUCAAGCCACACUGGAGGAGGCGUUCAGACGCCACCUGAGCAAGUCUAGUAGUGACCGAUUGACCAACUCACUCGCAAAAUGGGUUGCAAUGGACUGCAGGCCAGUUUCGGUGGUCGAGGACAGGGGGUUAAGGGAGGCGUUGCAGAUUGCGUCCACCGACACAACUUACAAGCCGCCAUCGAGAGGCACAAUUGUGUCAAAAAUCCAUCAGCUAUACGACGCCGAGAAGACUACUAAAGCUGGUGUGUUGGCGAAGGCUGAAUAUAUUGCCCUGACAGGGGAUCAUUGGACCUCGGUGAGCAAUCAGAAUUACCUCGGCAUGACUGCACACAUUAGUGACAGUAAGUGGAAGCUUCAGUCAUUUGCUUUAACCAUGUGACCGAGACGGUCACCAGGCACACUGCGGAUGCCUGCGCCGAACAGUUUCUGUCUGUGGCAGACGACUGGAAAGUUCAAUAUAGUUCAUAGUUCAAAUGAAUUUGCUCACCCAGAAUUGGUGGGAUACAAAACGGUUGUCUUCUUCCACUAUGUAUUCCCCCUUGAUAUUGUUGUUGUUUUUUUUGUAAGAUAUUUUUUAGGCCUUUUUCAGCUUUUUUGGACAGUAUAGUAUAGAGAGACAGGGAGAAUGGGAGCGAAAGACAUGCGACAAAUGUCAGACGGUCUGAGUUGAACCGCCGAUGUCGCGGCUCACAAUGAGCAUGCUCUACAGGCUGCAAUCUGCAGGCUGCGCCACCGAGACACCCCUGAGUUUGUGUUCUAAAUUGUUUUCAAGUUCAAGUUUCAUUUCAACUGUGUGAGUUAAUUAUUUCAUUAUUAAUUGCUUAUCAUAUUAUUAAUUGCUUAUCCUUUACUAAUUGCUUAUACUAUUAUUGGUUGCUUAUGCUGGAGUGAUCCAGAGCAUACACACUUAUGAAAGUAUCAUAACUUGCUUUGUAUUAAUGGAAACUAUUUUCUGUGAACUGUGUGGGUUGAGAUGUCUCUCUUCCUUCUCUGCCCUGCGGGCUCUGAAGGCCACAAGGCACUGCGAGGCCUAGAGACAACAUGGUAAAGAAGGGAUUUAUUUUUUCAUGUUGUUUUUAAGCCCUGUGUAUUUUAUUAUAGUUUAAGGGUUAUUUUUACUUUGACUUAUUAAAAAUGAGUAAUAUUUGUACAUUCCAAAAUUAGUCAUAUUUGUACCAUUGCUGUUGAACUGUGUUCUCUGGUCCUUUUUGGACAGUGACAUGUAUCAGCACCUCUGGAUCAACAGCAUUGUGUGAUGAAUUGUGGCAGAUUUAUUAUGUCUGGCAUUCCUCUUUACCUUGCCAUGAAAAUAAUGUGAAUGUAUUUGUACUGUUAAUUGUUCGACAUGGUGCCUUCAUAUUUCUCUGAAGGGGUCUGACAUUUUUCAGGAAUUUUCUUUUUUUUUUUAAUGGGCUGAUUUUUAAAUGUGAAACAUUUAGUUCAAACAUUUGUAGUUCAAAUGAAUUUGCUCACCCAGAAUUGGUGGGAUACAAAAAAGUUGUCUACGUGUUUACUUGCACUAUGUAUUCCCCCUUGAUAUUGUAGUUUUUUGCCUGUUGUAUUGUUGUACUCAGGGUAUUCUAGCUGCCAACUGUGGCAUGCUAGUUUGGAAGUUGAUUGUAUUCUUCAAGGGUUCUGAUUAUCUGUAUGUUUACACUAGGACUAGGAACUGUACUGUCCUCUCAGGUCCUCUUCGCACUUGUACUUGUGUUUGAUCUGCACUUCGUUGUACAUCGCUGUGGAUCAGGGUGUGCUAAAUGCAGUGUAAUGUAAUGAGGUGCCUGGAUUGGAUCACGCCUGUGUGGCCUCCAUGAUGUGAAGUGGAACUUUGUUUCAGAUAAACAUGUACAAACUUACUGA